AUGCGCUUCCAGCUCUUGUUUCUUGUUGCGGGACGAUUAUUUCUCGUGUCCGCUCAGGUUUUGUUUAGCCAGCCCACGGAAGGGGAGGUUAUGAGCGGGGGGGUUCCUUUUGUUCUUAAUGUUGCCGAAUCGACGUCAGCGCCAUAUUUCAGCCAGAUGACGAAUUUUUCACUGUAUCUUCUUGCCGGGUCGUAUUCUUCUCCUAUCCCACUUUUUGCUUGGAACCUUCCAGACGUCAAUCCUUCUACUAUUGCCAACAAUGUCAAUAUUCCUUCUGAUAUGGGAACAAACGCAAUCGAUGCGUACUUCCUAGGAAUCCGUGGCACCAUUCUUCUCGCCUCGACCCUUUCGGUAACCUACUUUUCACCUCUCUUCACUCUUCAAAAUAUGACCGGUCCCUCAUCACUCGUUCCCGCGGGUACCACGAGAACACUUACCGCUGCCACGGGUACUGCUACGGGUACUCGAAUAUCAACACCAACAUCCAAGCCUCUUCCCCGAGCCAUCAACUGUUUGGAUCCAAACACAGGGUUAGAAAUCGUGGUUUCGAUUGGAGAAAUUUCAGUGGAUAGUGCAUGCAGCCGAUCAGCAAUCAGUAUGCUUGAUCUCCUCUCCACCCAAACUAGAUCCGCGACAACAAUUCCGACUGCGAGUUCGGCUUCGUCUCCAACGACAGCUGUCGGUAGCAGCAACGCAAACAACACAUCCACCAGUCCCAGCGCUCAAACAUCAAUCGGCGCAGCCACGGAUCAGAGCAAAGCCUCUGGACUCAGCGGCCGUGUCGUCUAUAUUAGUAUCAUCGCUGCGCUAUCUCUCCUAGCUCCAAUAAUCUGCCUUUGGCUCGCCCUCCGCCAUCGCGCAGCCCAAGCCCUACAACCCCAAUCACCCUCCCCAUUCGCCAUUUUCCGGCCCCUCUUAUCCAACCUCAAAAACUUUGCUGUAUUCUUCGGCAAAAAGGCUUCCCAGCAGCGCACACAGACCAGACCGAAACGCAAACACAGCGACGCGGAGAAAGGCGAAGGAUUGGAAGUCCAUGUUACGAGGUCAUUGCGCCAUAUGUCGACGAGGCAAUCGCAGCCAGUCGCUCCACCAGUUAAUACAAGAUCGAGUAUGGUGCAGCGUCGUGCGUUCGAGGAGAUGUAUACGAAGCGGGAGAGUCGGAAAACGAUCCUUGCUGAGCUGGAAGGCGAUGCUAUCAUUUCUGAAGUACCUGGGAUGCCAGCUACCAUAACGGAUCCUGCUGUACCGGAAAGCAGGUCAAAGUACGCACGUGAGAGUGUAGCGAGCGACAUUAAGCAUUGGAGGACGGACCUAGAUCAGGCGUUUGAUUCUUAUGAGGCGAGGAGACGCAGUGAGACGAUGAGUACAAGGACAGGUGCUGAAAAUGAGAGGAGUAGUGAACGGGAUAGUGUUACGACCAGAGGCACAACGGUUUUAAGCGAGGGUAAACAAGCAAAGGUGGUGAGAGGGAAGGAGGUCGCGAAUAUCGUUACGUAUACGAGGAAGACUGUCUCACCGCCUCCACCACUACCAACAUCAUCACAAACACAGACGCAAACAGUAUCAUUACGUACCUCUCUCCAAGAAAGAGAUCUCCCGCCAAUACCGCACAUCGCAGAGCUUUCCACCCUCCCUAGUCCCAACACCCACCGCACCGACCCUCCAAUUCCAAUAUCUCGCUUCUCGGUGCGUAGUGCAAGCUUACCGAGGAGCAACACGAUUUCAAAUCUAGACUCGAUUACAGAUUCAGAAUUCAAGGCGAAAGCGCGGGUCACACAGCUCGAAGAUGAAGUGUUCAAGAGGGAAGCGAGCGUGGUCGUUAGGGGAAUAGAGGAAGAGAAGAGGAUUAGGAUGGUUAGGCAGGAGAGGAGGGAGAGGAGGAGGGAGGAACUGCUUCGGGGUGGAGUUGGAGGAAGUGCGACUAUCGACAUGGAAGUCGUUAGGUGGGUGAGGAAAGGCAAGAAUGGCGGAGUUGAAAGAGACGGAGUAGAGGAAGAUGAUGGCGAGUAUAGAGCAAACACACAUGCUGCUAGGUCACCCUAA